CAUCCGGACUAGCGCACCCCUGCACCGGUGACGGGUGGCCCGACAUCGGCGCCUCCCAUCCCUCCUAAGAACUCCCCACCGGACACACCCCCGUGUCGCCUCACCGUGGCGGCCGACGGGGCUCGACGUGAGGCCACCAACGACUGCCCGCCCAUCGACAUGGAGAGCCAAGCCACCCCUCACCCGCAUCCGAGAGAGCUCACCGAAGGACCACCUCGCGGCGCCCACCGGCCACACCAGCACUGGAGCACCGCCGGGGCGCUAACCCCCACUACAACGCAGGCGCCUCCGCGGCCUGGCCAGAGCCGCCUAGCACCCUCCCACCCCAAACCGGAGCAGCCGUGUCGUCAGCCGCAACGCCACCUCCUUAGCCUGCUCACCGGCCGCCCCCAAAGGCGUCCGCUUGAACACCUCUACAUUUGUUAGCAUUACUAGACGAAUUGCAAGCAUGCUGCCGAUGUUAUGAAGAGUCAAGAGUGUAAGGUUGGACAACGACUGUUAGCAGAACCAGAUAGCACAACGCUGGAACAUGCGCAUGAAGUCAAUGACUCCUUCCACCAGCAAGACGAAACCACACGUCGACACCCUCGUGCAGAUGAGUUUGUCACUAACAACUAAGACACGGCUGCAGCAUGCCAGCGACAAAGCAUGAAGAGGGCUAGUCAUCACACACAUGAUCAAGCUGUCUAGCUCAUCCAGCACAAAAAACUGAUCCUCGUGUGCGAGUUUGCCCCUGAUAAUUAAGACACUUUCGACAGGCCCAUAUACUCCAUUCAUAAAUGUAUAAAACGAUAAGAAGACAGCAGAGCAGCAUAAACUUGCCUUGAAGAUGGGGGACAAACUCUCAGGGCUUGAACUGACAAGAUUCCACUAAAAAUGAUAGCUUGAGCAUGCCACUAUGUGAAGAUCCAUCAUCAAACUAUACCAUUCUUAAUUAGUCCUUUCUGCCAAUUAGUGGAACAUGGCAGCGUGAACAUGAGACGACUUUAGUGUUGGGAUCUCUAUGCUUCUGCCAGAUCUCAUGGCUAAUGCAAUGGCAUGAUUCUUCAUGUCUACUAAUCAGAUGCUGCAUCGCAACUGUACACACACCUUCUGUAUAAAUAGGCGUCACCAGAACGGUAGAUGCAUCAAACUAGAAGCUCUUCUUUCGUCCUCCUCUCAUCAACAAAAUUACAGAGAAAAGUUUCAAGCUCAGAAAUGGCUUUCCACCAAAGAUCGACCAGUUUGCCUUCUAGGCCUCACGUCAGUGAGACCGAAGUCAAGCUAGAGCUACAGAGCCUAGAAGCAAGCAUCUCUUCCUCCAAUUCCAUCAGCACGAUGUGCGCUGGUCUCAGGACUCUUGCAAACAUCUACGAUGGUCUUGAAGAAAUCAUAUGCCUACCAAGCAACCAAGUUUGCUCCUCCCAGCAGAGGAGCAUGUUGGAUGGAGAAAUGGAAGGCUCUCUUGAGGUGCUAGAUCUCUGCUGCGCCAUGCAAGAGAUCUUCGUCGAGAUGAAGGCCAUCAUCCAAGAGCUGCAAGUGGCUCUAAGGAAAGGUGAAGAUGCAGCUACUCUAGCCAAGAUCCAAUCUUACACCCGCUUGGUGAAGAAGUCCAAGAAUCUUUUCAAGAAGACCGCGAAGAAGGCUCCUGCAGAUUGUAGCAUGGUCAUGCUGUUGGCCAAGGCUAGAGAGAUCUCGGUGUCUCUCCUGGAGUCCACACUCCGUCUCUUGUCGAAGCAAAUCGAAAUGCCUAAACAAUCUCUUGUUUUCAAGGCAUUGCACAAAAAGAAAGCAUUGGUUUGCAAGGAGGAGCAAUUGUCAGGGCUAGAGUGCAGUAUCGGCGAUCUCGAGAGUGGAGCAGGACAUCUGUUCAGGAAAUUAGUCCAGAGCAGAGUUUCUCUACUCAACAUCCUUAGCUCAUAGAUACUCCUGAGUCACUGUUGACGCCCUUCGAUUGGCAUCCGCCUUUUAAGGAAUAGCUGAUCAUCAUACAAUUUUCCCAUAUGCAUACACUAUACUGUAUAAAUGUACAUGAUACUACAGAAAGAGACACCAAAGUUUUGAUCAAUUUGGCCAUUUCUUCCUUGAAGAUGUGUUUGUGAUGCUUUAUGUUGAUAUCCUUGGCUGGUGGAUCUUGCUCCUUGUGCAUGAAACAUGCCAGCUCAAAGUCACAAGGUCCCAACUUGUAGUUAGCAGAAUCAUUCAAUUUUAUUACCCAGAUUGUCCACCACCACCACAUGGCUGUGCAGUCUGGCACUACAAUUGAAUACGUUUCUUGUUUCAUACAACAAAGACCAAACUAGUGGUACUCAAAUAUUAACAUCGUUGGGAUCUAUAUUCA